AUGGAUUUAAAAAAGAACAUUAAAAAAAAUAAGGAAAAUGAGAAAGUUAAGGAUCCAGUUGAACAGUCAUGUGAAGAGGAGCCUAGAAGGUUUAACCAAGAAGUAAGUGUCAGUAUAAGAAGAGAAAAUUUCAGUCUUCCAAAAAUUCAGAAAAACGGUUUAUUAAGCUAUGAGGAAGAGAAUGAAUCUUUUGAAGAUGAGGAUAGUGAAAGUAAUACUAACGCAAGUAGGAAGAAAAAAAAAGAAAUAUUAAAUUUAAAGAAGUUGUUAGAGAAUAUGGAAAAAAGAAAUAGAUUUGAUAGGCAAAGUAGUGACGCAAGGAAUAAUGCAUUAGAAGAAGAAAUAAAAAGAAUUUCUUCUAUGAUGAAUUAUUAUAAAGAUUUUGAGGUUUUGAUUGCAACUAUCUGUAACAGUAUAUUGGGAGAUCCUAAUGCUCACGUUGAGAAACUCGAAUUAUUAUUUUUUAUUUUUUAUGAGAGUUUUAAAAGAAAAAAGGAUAUAUUAUAUAUAAGGUUGAACAAUAAUUUGUAUGAAUUAAGAAGCAUGGAUGAUAAAAUGGAAGAUGAAAAUGAGAAUAUAAAUAAUACAAAUGAUAACAGCCAAGAAUCUCAUGAUCAAAAUAAUGAAAAGUCCAUCAAGGAAAAAUGUAGAUACUUUUCAGAUCUAAACAUCUUAAGUUGUAUAUCUAUAUGUAAUGUAUUAAAGUCUAUAACGCCAUCAUACAAAAUUAUUGUGAGUGAAGGGUCAAACGAAAUGAAUGAUAAGAAGGAUAAUGAUUCGCAUGGAAAUAAUAAUAUGCCCACGAACAAGAAAUCAGUGAAUCCAACAAAGAAUUAUUCUAAAUUAAUAAAAAAUGUGAACAAAGUAGAAAAAAUGAUAGUAAAUUUUUUUAGAAGAUUUUGUAAAUUGCUAAGAGAAAAUAUAUCUUCUAACCUUAUUGUAUUCGUUAAUUUGUUGUGUGAAAUAGUAGGGGUAAAUUUAUAUUUAUCUAGGGAAGAAAAUUUAUUUGAAUACCUUGUAAUUUAUAGCAACUUGAAGGUAUAUAGUAAAAAGAAAUAUAACAAUAAUAUUAAUUUAUUAAACAAUGCUAAUGUGCUUAAGAACAUAAAGAAGUUUAAGUUAUUGUGUGCGAAUUGUGUGAUUCAAAUAAUAGAAAUUAUAAAAAAUGAUAGUAACUUAUCGUUCACUUUAAACUUAGUAGAUUGUUUUUCUAAUAUGUUUUUUAAGAACGAAAAGAAUAUUACCUCAACUUUGUUAAAAAUAUUUACUAAUAUAGAUAUAAAGGAAAAGAAGUCAAAUGCACGAAUAUAUGAAAAUCAUUCUUCAAAUACGCAUAUGGAUAAUAACAAAGAAUUAAAUGCAAAAACUAAUAUAAGUGGCGAUAUUAAAAUAAUCGAGAAAAAUGUAGAAAAAAUAUUGGAUCGUUUAUUUGUAAUAUAUAUGUGUGUAUUAAAAGAAUUUGAUAAAUAUUCACAUAAAAUAUUAAAAUGUUCAUUAAUUGCUAUAUCGAAAUACUCUAUGUAUAUAGAUAAGUUCAUAAUGGAUGAUAUAUUAAUAGAAAUUAAAGAUCUUGCUGUUAUCAAAAUGAUUCCACCUACAUUAAGAAUGAUGUGUAUAAUUGUUUAUCUAGAAAUAUAUAAUAGUAUUAAUGAUUAUAUAUAUGUUGAUUGUACAUGGGUAGGUAAUACAAUUUUGGAGUUAGUAGAUUUUUCUUGUAUCCCUACCUUUUAUAGUUUUACCCCAGAUUAUAAAAGUAAAAGGGGUAAUAAUAAUUGGAAUAAUCAAUUCGCGGAUAAUAGCGAUGAUGAAUCUAUUAAUAGUGAAUUGGAAAAUUUUAUGAAAUAUGAUGAAUUCAAAUUUAAUACUGAUUCAGAUGAUCUAGAAAGAAAACUGAACAAAGGAAUAGAGAAUGAAAAAAGAUUAUAUCAAAAGUUCAAAUAUUGUAUGAAAGUAAUAAAAGCUAUUGAUUUAUUAUUAAAAACGAAAAGUUUUACUAUUAACUAUAAUAACUUUAAAUCAAGUAGUAGUGAUUUAUUAUAUAAAAUAAUAUACCAAUUAUUUAAUAUAGUAGUACAUAUUGAUUUUGAGAUUGGAAUGAUACUUUUAGACUUUUUAAGUCAUUUAUUUACGACAUAUCCAUUAAUAAAAUGUAUAUGUGAACAAGAAGGAAUAGUAGUUUCUUAUAUGGAUAAAAACUUUUCUGUAUUCUAUCAUAAUGUUUUAUUACAUUCUAGUUUCCUCAAAGAACUAUCAUGUGAAGCUCUAAACAUUUCUUUGAAUGAUUCAAAUGAAGAAUACAGAAAAAUUGUUGAAAAGUUUCUUAAAGAACAAAAAGAACAUGAAAUAGAACAUAAAAUAAUAAAUUUUACUUUGGAUGUAAGUGAUAUAGAUAUAAUAAACCAAGAACGUUUUAUGAAUUAUACUCCUAGUGGAAGCAUAAAUAUAGAUAAACAAAAAUGUGAAGAAAAUAAGAAAAGUGUUCAACACCUUAUAAACCUUGAUAAAAAAUUUAAGAAACUUUUACAUGAACAUAGAGAACCUCCAAAAAGGUCUGCAGUCAAAACUUCAAAAACCAAUAAUUCAACUAAUAAUAAAUCACUUUAUGAGUUGAAUGUUAGGGAUCUUAUGCAUGUUACCUAUGCUAAAUAUGAUGAUUUAAUUAAAUGUUUUGAGAGAAAACAUAAAAAGGAUACAACACAAAAAAUAAAUGUUCCUAACAAAGAAAAUAAUACCAAAAAUAAAUAA